AUGUUUGGAUUCGAAAAAAGAAAACGAAAGCAAAGAGUAGAUGAAUUGAUUCAAUCUCAAGCGGGGGCUCUCGAUAGGUUUAUAAGUAGUAAUAAACAAAAAGAGAGUUCAAAUUUGAAUGAAGAACAAGAAAUAUUGGUGAAUGAAGAACAAGAAAUUGUGGGGAAUGAAGGAAAAGAAAACUUGGGGAAUGAAGGACAAGAAAAUUUGGGGAAUCAAGAACACAAGGAAUUCAAUGAGCAGAUAGACGAGAGUGGUCAUGAAGGUAUGGAUAAUGAUAGUCAAAAUGAAGACAUGAGUUUUGAACGUGGGGUGAGAAAUAUUGAUGAUCCAAGUAUUUGGGACAAAAUUGAUCAAAAAUUCAUUGACUUCAUAGUAGAAAGAGGUCCUUUGAAGAGAGAUAAAGUUAAUUUUCCUAUGGAUAAUGCGGGUAGGCGUUUCUUGUGUUUUCAUUAUAUUCACCGUUUGUCAAAUGGAGAAAAGCAAGAUGGGAGAUGGCUUGUAUAUUCAAAUGCUUCGGACAAAGUAUUUUGCUUUUGUUGUAAGUUGUUUAAGCAAGAUGAAAACGAGACUAUGUUGGCUACUAGUGGGUUAAAUGAUUGGCAUAAUCUUGCCCAAAGGGUCAAGAGUCAUGAAGCUAGUAAUGAGCAUAUUUUUGGCAUGAGCAAAUGGAUCAAAUCAGAGAUAAGAUUGCGAUUGAACGAAACAAUUGACAAAAGUGUGGAAGAUCAAAUCAAGAAAGAUAAAGUACAUUGGAAAGGGGUACUAGAAAGGGUAAUUGAGGCUGUGAAAAACUUGCUAAAAAUAACUUGGCAUUUCGCGGGGACAACGAGAAGAUUUAUCAAAAGAAUAAUGGGAUUUUUCUGA